CUUCACACUUUUGGGACGAAACGGGUAUUCGAUCCAUAUAUAUUCAGUUUAUCUACUUCUCCGGUAGCUCCCAAGCAGCGGCCAAAUGAACGCCGUGUCCAGAACCCCGCUUGAUUUCGUUGAAGAGAUCUCCGGCGAAAGUGAUUCGGAUACGACCUCCGAUGAAGCGUCAAUGUACUACCAGCCAAUCUCCGCCGACGGGGAUGAGGACGAUCAAACUUCCGAUCAACAUUCAUAUGUUCGUACCGAGAACGGAGAUCAAUCCGGCACUAACUUUAACCGCUUGCCGAACGGGUACGCGCGCUGCCUUGAGAACGGAGUUUCGUCUCUGGAUCUGAGCGGUGAGGACGGUGAGGAGGAGGAGGAGAGGAUAAGGGCCGCUUCUGAUUCUGCGCUCCGGAGAGCUCUUAGAGAAGACGAGAGUCGUCGAAGUGCUUUGCUGACACCGGAGAAUGCAGUCAGAAUCAGGGAGGCCAUGCGAGGAAUCUCGUUCGGCGGAGCACCUCCUGGUUGGGCGGCUCAGGUCCCGGAGAGCCAGUGGAUCCAGAGGCUUCAAAGAAUACGACAGGUUGAAUCUAAUUGAUAGAAUGUACAGAUCUUGCAAAACAACUGGGGAGUUUAGCCUACAUUUACUGACUGAUUUUGUUCUAAGGACUAAAAGGUUCUUGAUGUG